AUUCCCUCGGCGGGCGGAGCCGCCCCUCUCUCCCGCCCCUCCUCCUCCCUUUCCCACCCCUUGGAGUGGAGCUGCACAUGCGGCUGCUCCCUGUUCCGUCCCGCCCAGCCACCGUCGCGCAGGCACGGGUCCCUGCAGCCCCCAGCCGAUGGCAGGACAGUAGUCGCCUGUCAGGGGUUGUGAACGGCAGAGGCAGACGCAGCGGCUCCCAGGCCUCAGAGAGUGGGUGUCUCCGGAGGCCAUGGGCUACCCUGAGGUAGAGCGCAGGGAACCCCUGCCUGCGGCAGCGCCACGGGAGCGGGGGAACCCAGGCUGCGGCUGUCGCGGGGCCCCUGCCCGGGCGGGCGAAGGGAACAGCUGCCGGCUCUUCCUGGGUUUCUUUGGCCUCUCGCUGGCCCUCCACCUGCUGACGUUGUGCUGCUACCUAGAGUUGCGGUCAGAGUUGCGGCGGGAACGGGGAGCUGAGUCCCGCCUUGGCGGCCCGGGCACCUCUGGCACCUCUGGCACCCUGAGCAGCCCCGGUGGCCUGGACACUGACGGUCCCAUCACCCGCCACUUUGGGCACCCGUCACCUCAACAGCAGCCGUUGGAACCGGGAGAAACCACACUUGCCCCUGACUCCCAGGACCGGCACCAGAUGGCCCUGCUGAAUUUCUUCUUCCCUGAUGAAAAGUCAUACUCUGAUGAGGAAAGUAGGCGUGUUCGCCGCAAUAAAAGAAGCAAAAGCGGUGAAGGAGCAGAUGGUCCAGUUAAAAACAAGAAAAAGGGAAAGAAGGCAGGGCCGCCUGGGCCCAAUGGUCCCCCAGGACCUCCAGGACCACCAGGACCUCAGGGACCCCCAGGGAUUCCAGGAAUUCCUGGAAUUCCAGGAACAACUGUCAUGGGACCACCUGGUCCUCCAGGUCCUCCCGGUCCUCAAGGUCCCCCUGGCCUCCAGGGACCUUCUGGUGCUGCUGAUAAAGCUGGAAGUCGAGAAAACCAGCCAGCUGUGGUGCAUCUACAGGGCCAAGGGUCAGCAAUUCAAGUCAAGAAUGAUCUUUCAGGUGGAGUGCUCAAUGACUGGUCUCGCAUCACUAUGAACCCCAAGGUGUUUAAGCUACAUCCCCGCAGCGGGGAGCUGGAGGUACUGGUGGACGGCACCUACUUCAUCUAUAGUCAGGUAGAAGUUUACUACAUCAACUUCACUGACUUUGCCAGCUAUGAGGUGGUGGUGGAUGAGAAGCCCUUCCUGCAGUGCACCCGCAGCAUCGAAACAGGCAAGACCAACUACAACACCUGCUAUACUGCGGGUGUCUGCCUCCUCAAGGCCCGGCAGAAGAUCGCCGUGAAAAUGGUGCACGCCGACAUCUCCAUCAAUAUGAGCAAGCACACCACCUUCUUUGGGGCCAUCAGGCUGGGCGAAGCCCCUGCAUCCUAGACUCCCCCCAUUUUGCCCCUGCCCAUGUCCCUGCCCCAGGUUUGGGAGCCGGGACUCCCAGAACCUCUAAGUGCUGCUGUGGAGUGAGGUAUAUUGGCGUUGCAGCCACAGAGAGAAACGCCCCUGUGCUAUUUAUUCCCCAGUGACUCCAGGAUGAUAAGGCCUGCUUGAUUUUCCAGAAUGACUUUGAUUUAACAGGACAGUUGAUGGAGCCCCAGGGUUUACAGGAAGCAGAAACCUUCUUUGGCUCCUUAUUGACUGGCUUAUGGCAUGACUCUUCAACCCCGAGGUCCCUGUUGUCAGAUUUAUCAUUGUUGCACUAAAAUGAGGACCCAGGGCAGUGGACCAGAGAAAGUGAAGGUGCACUCCAGACUCUGGGGGUGACCCCAAGGGUGCUUCUGCUCCUCUCUUGGCUGGGGGUGGGGCAAGGGUGGCAUUAGGCUACAGCCUAAGGAGAGAGCCAGGAAGGAAAAGAUAGGUGCUGGUGGCAGAGACCAGGGGAAAAACCUGCCAAGCAAGUGUCCUUGGCAGUGGAAGCAUUCUUGCUGCUCUGCACUGUGACCUGCAAGAGGGUCAGGGAGCCCUUCCCACUCAGGCUGAGAGCCACACUGUGGCAGCUUUCUGGGCUCCAGAGACGGGAACUUUGCUCUGCCAGGGAACCAUUGCAGGAACAGCCACAAACCUGCCUGCAUAAGACUCUGAAUCCGUACUUGGGGCCACAUGUCUCUUUGUUUACAGCUAUGCUGCAUGCUCAGAAAACUCCCUAGGGUCCCCCUCGCAAUUGCACCUGCCCCAAUCUGACUAGAACUCCUGUCUUCUUUCUCCACAGAGCCUACCUCUGUCUGAGACAGGUGCCUAACCUGGGACCUGUGCUUAUGUGAGUCUGGGAUAUUCUUUAGCUUACCUGGGCACAAAGAGAAGUUUCCAUUUACUAAACAAUACAAGUAGUAUUCAUCUAAUUCUAAUCAAACUGUGUCUGAGGGCAAGGGGUUGGACUGGAUGACCUCCAGACGUCCCUAAGUCAAGUUCUAAUAUUUGUGACUCUUAGGCAGCUGCCACAGUAGCCUUCUGAAUUCCCAAACCCUAGACUGCCCUUGGGCAUCAGCAAAGCAGAGUUUUACUACCUGGCAUAGAAAGGGCAAGAGAUAAGACAGGGGAGUUUUGUCCAAGUUACCGAAACCCAAGUGAUCAUUAGGACAGGCUUCAUCCAAAAGCACAGCAGCCAAUGGCCUAUUAGAGCUUAGUCACCCCAGAGCCCCUGCUGCUUCACUGAAGUCAGGCUCAGGAGAAGCCAGCAUCUGGGUAUUGGGCGGGGUUCUGUACCCUAGCUCAGGUCCAAAGGCUCCUUGGCCUAACCCCAAGCUUCCUGCCAGGUCAAAUGCUAGGACCAUUCAAGGGCCUUAUUUCUACCUGCCUGGAUACAACCUGGCUUCCAAGUGCUAGGUCCAGGCCAACGCUGUGGGGUCAGCCUUGUACAGUUUGCUCCUCUUGUUCCUAAAAUCUGUUUUCUUUUGAGGAGAUGGGAAUACAUUCCUUCAGGCAACUGGAAUGUACCAAGAACAACAGGUAUUUCUUUCUCAGAUGCGCCUCCCCUUCAAGGGUCAGGGCAAGAAGUGGUGGACCAGGCCUCUAUUGUCCAGUUGCUAAUGACAACCUUGCAACCGGAGGCGGAGGUAAGGCAAGCUACAGGCUCAACUCCUUUAAAGUGCCUUACACAAUCUACUAGGAACUGGCAGAACCUCUCAAAGUUUGGAAAGUACUUUCUCUUUUAUUGUUUCCUUUGAAGAAGGCAGAGCAGAGAAUAUCUCAAAUGCCAUUGUUUAGAUGAGGCUCAGAGAGGUGAAGUGCUUUGACUAAGAUUUCACCCAGUUUAAGUCAGCUAGGUCUGACUCCAAAAUUAUUCCCUUACAUCAUAGAACUGUGUGGAAUUGGGGUCUAUAGAGAACCAAUAAAGGUGAUGAUAUGGAACCAAGAUCCUUGAGAGUCUUAGGGAGAGACCCAGAGAUGCCCAUUUUCAUUACUUGAUAGUAAUCCCAGUUCUCUUGACUGUCAGGGGCUCUUGUAGCAAAGAGUCAAACAUCUCUUUGAGAAACAGCCAUCAGCCAUAGAGGCUGCUGAGAAGAAUAUCAGCAGCCUCUGGGACCCCACAAUGGGUAGCCCCUGAUGUUCUUUUCACCCAUCUGACAAAACAAGCAGCCAUCACAAAUGGAGUCCUACUGUGGGCAAAGUCCUCCUUACAGACAGACAGCCACCAGGAGCCCACUGACUCUUCACAGCUACUAAGUGACUCCUUAUCUCUUUCUACCAGAACACAGAGACCUUGAUAACAUCAGCAUCUCUCAGGGAAGAUUCGAGAGAAGGCUGAUUCUAAAGCCAAGUGGGUAUGAGGAGAAAGGAGGAAAAAACUUCUGAAUUGUACCCCAUCCCAUUCUCCAGAUAUGGAAGGGAUUGUAGGGAAAGCAGGAUUCCCACUGGACCCCACAUUCUUUCUGAACCCUCCCUAGAGGGGGAGUGAUGGUAAAGGAAAUAAGAAAUAGCUGGGGAACCUUGUUGUGGUCUAGUCAUUGGUGAAGUAGUGAAGCAGUUUACUGUUGGAGGAUGUGGAGAUAGAUUUACAGUUUGGAAUUAUGAUGAUGGGAAUUUACCAGAAGGCUAAGGCUAGUGUGGAGAAUGGGACAAGGACAUUGGAGGGGAAGCAGAUGACAGGUUUGCAAGAGAAUUGCAUGUCAGGAGCCUCUGCCAGCUGCUUGGCUUCAACAGCCAAGCUGGUACAAAAGGCAGCUGUGGGAGGCUGCUCAGCUACUGGUUCCCUGUAAAAUGUAGCAUUUGCCUUAUUUCCCCCACUUCAUCCAUCCUGAGUCAUAUUUCUUUUGCUUAACAGGAAAGGGCUAGGAACCCUGUAUGCACUCACAUGUGAGUGUGUAUGUCUUCUGUAACUAGAAGAUUCAGAGAAAUUUAAAACUAAAAAGGCCUUUAGAGGGAAUAUAGUCUGACCUACAUUCCACCCUCUUACUCAUGUGGAAACCGAGGCCCAGAGAGGGAAGAUGAUCUGCCCAAUGAUGAGCAAGCUCUGAACUCCAGAUUCAACAGAGAAAAGGAAGGAGAAGAGCCACCCCUGUUGUACAGGGCCACCUUCUUUCUUCCACCCACCUACUCAAGGCUGGACGUGCUUGGCCCCCUUCAGGAGCCUGGCCAGGCAGGGAGAGGAGAGAGGCAGCCUUCAUCAGAACUCUGCUCUGCCCCCCACAUACACAUUUGCCCAGCUCCUGCCUAUGUACUAAAAGGUUCCAGAUUGGCCCAGUACCAGGAAGUUCUUAGGCCACCCUAGUGCUGCCUCAGGUCCCAUCCUUGCCUCAGGGCUCCCCUAGGCCUUGCCAGUACAGAGAAGGAACCCAAUUUUUUUCUCUUUUAAUCCAUUUCAGGGCUCUCCAGGAGGCAUUGGGGUGUGUUAUUUCUUUAUUCAGAGAGCUCCAGCUGGGAUAGGGGAGAGUAGGCUUUGUUGUGAGAAUGGCCUGGAGCAGGCCCAUUGCUGCUUUUGGGGGGUCAGCAUCCAGUGUGAGAUACUGUGUAUAUAAACUAUAUAUAAUGUAUAUA